AGUGCUGGGCCAGAAAUGAUUUAGGGAGAUCUAGGGAGAAGAUUUCAAGCAGAGCUUGUCACAUUUGUCACAUGGAAUGGGAUGUGGGGCCUAAGACCCAGAUCUUACAACUGUGAGAGAUGUGGGAAUGACUUUGUCAGCCGCACAGCUCUGAGAUACCAUUUUCAAGCUAAACAUCUUGGGAGAGUUCACUGUGAAACUUGUGGCGAGGAGGUUUUGCGAGAGUGUCUUCUGCAGCAUGCAAAGACUGAUCAUGAAAUGAUACUGACCAGCAAUCACAGAAGCUACUGGGAUAUGACUCGUAAGAGGAGAACAAAAUUUGUGGCCACGGAAACACUGACAUCCUGUAGGAUGUGCCCCAGGCAGUUUGGAACAGCCCAUGCCAGGGAGUACCAUGAGAAACAAGAGCAUCACUUCACUGCCAGCAAAAGAGCUCAAAUGUCCACUGCGUUUAAACCUGAAAACAUAUUAGAGUACAAAACACCUGCGGAAUUAACGAAAUUUGUGGAAGCAAAACUCCGACCAAUCUCAAAUGCUGUAAGGUGGGGCUGUGCAUCAGAAGUUGAAAAGAUCAUUGAGUUCAUUGAAGAAGUGUUUCCAUUACCAAUUACAUAUGUUACAAAGGGCGGUUCAUAUAUAAAAGGAACUGAUGUGCAAGAUUCAUCUGAUGUGGACAUAGUUCUUUUUAGCGGUGCCUUUCAAAGUUUAGAAGACUGCCAAAGAAAAAUUCCCGAAGUACUAGAAGAGUUAGGGAAAAGACUAACUAAACCUUCCUGGAUCAACAGGGUAAUAUUGCAGGAAAGGACACCAUUUUCCUUAAGGUUCUACUUUAAGUGUUAUAAAGAUCACCACGGCCACUUGUUUGACAUAAUGCCUUGUUAUGACAUGUUUGGGCCUACAUUAUCAGCAGGUUUAAAAGAGAGCUUUUACCGCAAGCUCUACCACUGCAGUGACAGUGAUAAAAUCCAGCUGUACACUAUGGCCCUGUUGAAGCACCAAGUUGAGUUUGUCAAGGCGUCAACAGAGAGGGUGAAAGAUCUCAUACGUUUAAUGAAGCACUGGUUCAAAACUUCAUUUGCAACACCAGGAGAGGAAAACAAGUUUCGCAGGCUCCCUUCCUCCUACUCUGUGGAACUCAUCACCAUCUAUGUAUGGGAGUUGGCUGGGAAACCAAUGUUUUUCAGCUAUGUACAGGGAAUGAGAGCCGUCCUGAAGCUUUUGGUUCAGUAUCAAGAAAUCUGUGCUGUAUGGCACAGACAUUACAGACCCAAUUUUCCAAUUUUCCAAAAGGUGUUUCUAAAGCAAACCAGGCCAUUUGUUUUGGAUCCUGCGAACCCAACCUUUAAUGUGUGCGAGAACAGCAAUGCCUGGGAUGAAGUAGCUCAUGUGGCAAGGCAGAGCCUCCUAAAACCGCUCUUUAAUGGCAUCCAAGCAAAGGAGCCCUGGCUUUUUGCAGAGAACUGGUGAAACCAAACCUGGCCUCGCUUCCGGAAGAAUGGGCACCCAGUUUUCAGUUUACCAUAAAUGCAGCCAAUGACAGCAUACAAAGCCAUGGAAUUGAACUUACACUGGUGGAUGAAACAGCUUCCUGAACG